ACUAAACGCCGCACCAUUCUGUCAAAUCGUGUCAAACGCAGCGGUACUCGGUUUCGCUGUGGCCGUCUUUAUUUAACGCGAUCAAUGAUUUUGUUAUUGUUGUGACCGCACGAAAUGAAAACAUUUCAGUCGUCGCGUAAUGAAAAAUUGAAAAUAGAAUCAGUGUUGUGCUAAAUUGAAAGCGUUCUUUAAAAUUGUCAUGAAAUAUCCGUUUUGGUUUUGCAAAAUAGAUCGUUUGGCAAGGUCAAGAGAGUCUGUGCGUGGGAACUGAUGCGUUCUGUUGUUGUUUCUGGUGGUUUCCAGUGUUGUGUUGUUGGUUGAUAAGCGAAGUGUCCGCGAUGGGGUCUACGGGGCUUACAUUGGCAGACUUGCCAAAUAUUUUUAUUAUGAUCGGCGCUCUGGUCGCGCUGUUUGCAAUGCUCGUGAUACUCCUCAGGAACAUGGAGUUCAUCGGCAUAGUCGGCGAGGGUCGGCACCACGACGCGUGGGCGAUGCAGCCCCCGCGGCUGCUCAUGCAGCGAGUGCACAUCCCCUUCACGUUCAAGCUGGAGGAGAACCACUCCAUUGGGUACAGCGGCGUGAGCAGCGUCGUGUCGUCCACAGUUCGCUACUACCACGCAGCCUGGUGGGGCGCGCCGGUACGGGAACUACAUGCAACUCUGUGGGGGUCCUUACCACAGAUCCUCGCUUCGCCGCAUCUCAGCUUCACCAGAAGCAACCCACAUGACGAGCGGCCUCUACGGCUAAGCUCAGAGGAGCCUCUCCAGUUGGGCCCGCCGCCUCGAACGUGCUACCCUCUAGUCGUGAUCCUUGCGCUAGACCCGCGCGAUACCACUGAGCUACGACCAGAUGAUACGGUAGCGUUGGUGAGCGUGGUACACAUUCGCGAUGACCAAUGCCCGCUGCCAAGCGGCAUCAUCGCGCAGUAUCUAAAACAAGCCAAUGGACAUCUCUCCUGUCUUAAGCAACUGUAUGUGACGGGCGAGCAGUGUGACCCGUCCGAGUACGCAGGCGCGGAGUCCGCGUUGUGCUGCGUGUGCGCCUCGGCGCCGCUGUCGCGCGCCUGCUGCCCUGCAGACACGCCUGCCUGUGCGCACACUGCCUGCGUGAUCUGUGCACUGCUGCCCUGCAGACACGCCUGCCUGUGCGCACACUGCCUGCCGAAACUGGACAAGUGCCCAAUCUGCCGCAGCGCGAUCACCUCAUACUUCUGCAUCCGAAACGACGAGGAACCACUGUCGGAGCUCAAGCAACAACGGUUUCCUUUCAACAGGCGGCUGUUCAAUCUGUUCCACUACCACUAGUGGAGCUAGUUCCAUAACUGGUAACAUGUUCCGAUUGUUCCUACUUCUGCAUUCGAAACGAUGAGGAACCACUGUCCGAGCUCAAGCAGCUCUUCAAUCUGUUCUACUACCACUAGAUGGAGUAGUUCCAUAACUAGUAUCCAUGUUCCGACACUACCGUUCAACAGGCGGCCCUUCAAUCUGUUCCAUUAUCAUUAGUGGGAGUAGAGGGACUAGUUCCAUGACUGGUAACAUGUUCUGACACUACUGCAUCCGAAACGAAGAACUAAAGCCAAAGCGGGUUUUGUCCAACGCGAGCAGGCCCUUUCAAUCUCUUCCAUAACUGGUAACAUGUUCCGACACUACUGAAUCCGAAAUGAUGAACUACUUGAGAUCAAGAAAGUGCUUCCCUUUGACAGGCAGCUCUUCAAUCUGUUUCACUACCACUAGCGGGAGUAGUUCCAUAACUGGUAACAUGUUCCGACACUACUACGUCCGAAGUAACUAGCUGAGCUCAUUCCGUUCAACAGGAGCAGGCCUUUCAAACUGUUCCAUUAUCAGCAACGAGGCUAGUUACAUAACUGGUAACAAAUUCCGACACUACUGUGUCUGAAACGAUAAUCUGAGCGCAAAAAACAGUUUAAGAGACUAUUAAAUCUGUUUCACUGCCGCUAAUGGAACUAAUUCUAUAACUGGUAAUUUUUCGACACCAUAGCAAUGACAACUUGCAGAAUGUCCAAUAGUGCAAUUACUUGUUCCGGCACACCGUUAGCAGUAAAUAGUUAAAUAAAUGCUCCAAUACCAUCAAAGGGACAUCUAAAACCAUCACAAUUAAAGUAUUAUCCGUUCCAGCACUAGUAAGUACCAAUAGAUAUGUUUACGAACCUAUAUUGGAACAGUUCCAUCGCAACUAGAAGAACCAUUCGGUAAAUAAAAGUUCUAACUAAUAACACGCACUACAACUAGUGAUAGUGAUUCUAGCACUAAAACUAGCCACAUAUUACUCACUAGUGAAACCUAAUAGUGUUUAAUAGUGUAUAGUUCUCCGCACUUAUGGAACACACUCAAUUCAAUAGAACAUGUUAUGGACGAAACGUGAAUGUGAUUAAAGUAUAAAAAUAGUAAUAAUGAGCACUAUUUGAUGUUACACUUAGAAAUUAGUGAACUAGCAACAGUGAUGUGAUUGUUGCCAUCUGACUGAAGUGAAUAUUAUAAGUGAUAUAUGAUAAAUUCAGUGUUAAGUUAUAAAUUGUCGAUAAAAUCGUAAUAUCGUCGUAUAUGAACUUUUGGGACAUUUGAAGAGCAGCUUAAAAAAUAUUCCUAUUGUUUUUUUCUAAGUUUAUCUUAAGAAAUCAAUGUGUAGAUAUUUUGUUUCUUUUGCAUACGAAGUAAUAUUUUUUUUUAUAGGUAAAUUGCCAGUAGCUGGCCCCCUUCCAAUAACUGGCCACCUUGUACUAAAAAUGAAUUCUAUAUUAUGGUAAUCUGAAUUCCUUUUUUUAUUUUAGCAUAACGUGGCCAGUUACUGAGUGAAGGCCAGUAAUAGAAAUUUUAUGUAAACAUGAACUCUGUUUAAAAGUAAAGAGAAUUCAUUUUUAGUAUAGAGUAGCCAGUUAUUGGACACUGGCCAGAAACUGGCAAUUUACCUAU